AUGACACAGCAGGUCAGCGGCUCACCGUUCUUCAAGCCCUUCUUCCUGAAGACGCCUGUCAGUCUCCUGCGACAGAGACGACACACACUCCCCGCCAGCGAGUUCAGAAACCUCACGCCACAAGAUGCCAUCAGUGUGUUUGAGAUAGAGAGAGAAGCAUUUGUCUCUGUGUCUGGAGAGUGUCCGCUUACCCUGGAUGAAGUGCUUAACUUCCUGGGUCAGUGCCCUGAGCUGUCGCUGGGUUGGUUUGAGGAGGGACAACUGGUAGCUUUCAUCAUCGGCUCUGGCUGGGGCAAGGAGAGGCUUUCACAGGAGGCGAUGACUCAGCAUGUCCCAGACACCCCUGCUGUGCACAUCCAUGUGCUGUCGGUGCACCGUCACUGUCGACAGCAAGGAAAGGGCUCCAUCCUCUUGUGGCGCUACCUGCAGUACCUGCACUGUAUACCAGGCCUCCGCCGAGCUCUACUGAUUUGCGAGGAAUUCCUGGUGCCCUUCUACCAAAAGGCCGGAUUCAAGGAGAAAGGGCCAUCAGCCAUCUCCAUAUCCAACAUGCAAUUCCAAGAGAUGGAGUACACGCUCGGUGGUCAGGCGUACACAAGGCGAAACAGCGGCUGCUAG